GCGGAAGGUCGGUUGGGGCUCGCUCUCGUACAACUCGCUCCCAUAGUAUUUCUUUCAUUCCCGAUCGCUGAGAACACUACGGUAAAUCCUUCAUAUUGUGGACCUCUGAUGGCGGAUCCAUUGAGUGCGCAUUGACCUCCGCCAAAUUGUUUAUAAACGUUUCAGUUACCAAAAAGAAAAUGUAACUCCAAGCGAAUCACCAGCAAAAAAUUAUGAAAUUAGGCUGCAAAGCCAAGGAAUAAUAUUUGUAUUUGCAAUUUGUGCAACAUUCGCCACUUGCCACCGCCUGUUGCACCAACAAUAGAGUGAUUAGUGCUACCCAAAGUACAAAAGAGUAUUACAACGAAAAUUACAUCGUUAAGACUGUCUCAGCAAUGGUAUCUAAUCGCCGAUGGAUCUGUCAUAUUUGGAUCUUAAUAGGUCUGACCACCUUGUGGCUGCUAAUCGCUCCUGUUAGCCCCCACAACUAUGAUGACGACUCCCAACCAUCCACCCAGUCCCACUCCCCCUCCUCCGUCCACAUUGAGCUACGCCGCAAGAGGAGCUUGCAGUGGAAUGGCAUUGAGCUGGAUGAGAACACACUGCUGGGGCACUUGAUGGAUCAUGAGCGGGCCCUGAUCUUUGGCACACAAUCCGCUGAAGAAGCGCCCGAUUUCAAGCUGGUGCACCUGAAGCAGGAGGAUGAAGAGCUGGAGGAGAACACGGUGAAACGACGCCAUAGACGCAGCAUGCCAGUGCCACAAGACGCCGAUAGCUCCGAUGGAAAUGGGGAAGGGGAUGGAGUGGAGGCCAGACUGCAGCUGCAGCAGGCGCCGCAGCUGAUCGACAAUGCCUUCAUCUUCAUCCGUCGCACCGCCAACGGGACGCAAUUCGUGGAGCAUUCGCCGCAGUUGUUGAAGCGUCUGGAGAGCUGCUUCUACCGGAGUCCGGCGGCGGCCCUCGACCUCUGCGAGACGGGUAAUGCGCGUGGCGUGUUCCAGCAGAAUGCCAGCGACUUUGUGAUCCAUCCUCUACCCGCUCGCUUCGGAUCGGGUAACCAUGUACUCUACCAGGCCCGCUUGGAUAGGAACAAUUUCAGUCGGUUGGGGGCAGUGGAUCCGUUAGACAGCCAGCUGCAGUUCGAGCCAGAUGCAGAGGAAUUCAACGAACCGAAGCCGAGACUCCGAGCCCAGUCACAGUCCCCGCUACGACUGCGCUUCCAGCCGCGACAUCAUCAUCAUGAGAUGAGCCAGCUCGAGAACCAGAAAAGGAAUCUGAAACCGAAUCUAAAAAAUCAUCAGAAGCAUCGACGACGUCGUCGUUUCAUUGGCCCGCCGCCACGCCGCUGGUCAGUGCCCGAGGAGCUGUUCAUCGAGACGGCCAUCUUCGUGGACAGAGAUCUGUUCGCCCACAUGCAGCGGAACUUCCCCGCCAACACAGAGAGCAAGAUGAUCAGCUUCGUCCUGGCCAUGAUUAAUGGGGUGCAGCUGCUCUACCACCACCCCACGCUCGGGCGGCGCAUUAACUUUGUGCUGAAGCGUCUGGAGAUCUGGAAAUCCUGGGAUCCCUCCGGCCUGUCGCGCUCCAGCGACGUGGACGACUACCUGAACAGCUUUUGCAUGUGGCAGGAGAAGCUGAAUCCCUUCUCGGACUCGCAUCCCCUGCACUACGAUCAUGCCCUCAUCCUCACCGGCCUCGACCUGCGGACGAUCACCAAAGAUGGCAAGGCCAAUAGCCAGGUCGUGGGUCUGGCACCCGUGGCCGGUAUGUGCACGGCCGUCUCCUCCUGCACCAUCAACGAGGCCAAGCACUUUGAGAGCGUCUUUGUGGUAGCCCAUGAAAUCGGACACAAUCUGGGAAUGCGGCAUGACACCAAGGAGAAUAGCUGCGAUCCCACCAUGCACAUCAUGUCGCCAAAGUUGGGCAGUGGAAAGGUCACCUGGUCCAAGUGCUCCCGCACCUAUCUGGAGGAUUUCUUAUUAGAGCCCCAGGCCGAGUGCCUCUUCGAUCGGGGACAGUUUAUGGAUCACUUGGACCAUUCUGCGGGUGGGAUUCCCCCCGGCGAACGCUUCGAUGCCAAUCAGCAGUGUAUGCUGCGAUUUGGAAAGAACUUCAUGCGCUCCAGCACCCAGAGUAAAGCGGAGAUCUGCCGGGAUCUGCACUGUCGGCAGGAUGGGCUGCCCUGGACCUCACAUCCGGCGCUGGAGGGAACCGAGUGCGGCGAGAAAAUGUGGUGCCGCGGUGGGUCUUGUGUGGCUCGCUCGUCGCAGGAGACCGCCUUGGCCUCCUACAGGCAGUGGCCGCACAAGCCGAGCUAUGAGAAGGCCAGCUUCAUGGAGUCCAACAGGAUCGGUCCACUGUUGAGCGAGCACCCCAAGCCGUUGGAUGGCAACGAGCUGCCGGGAGUCACCAACUGGAGUGCGUGGGGCGAGGCAAGCAAAUGUGACUCGGGAUGCCUCUACGGACCCUCGAACCGGCUGCGCGAAGGCAGCACCGGACUGCGGACCUUCAACCGCAGCUGCCUCAACUACCGGCAGCGGUGCAUGGGCCAGGACCGGCGUUUCGAGAGCUGCAUUGCCAAGCAGUGCUACAGUGUGCCGGUCCAGACAAUCGCCAACUUCGCCUCUCAGGUGUGCAUGCAGGCCAAAAAGCUGGACGGAGAGCUCACGGGCGAGGGCCAGCAGGUGAGCUCCACCUUUGAGGACUCCUGCAAGGUGUUCUGCCGCACCAAAACCAAUGCGACCAAGUCGCGUCGCUGGACCUUUCCGGACGGCACCACCUGCCAGUCCAAGCAGCACAACGCGGGGGACAUUGCCUACUGCAUUUCGGGGCGUUGCGAGCGCUUCUCGUGCGACAAUUCCACGAACAACUUCUUCAGAAUGGACCCGACCUUCUGCCAGUCGAGGGCAAGGGACUCUGCGGAAGAGGAGAGCAGGCUGCAGCAGACGACGCACAAGCGCUAUGCGGAGAGGCAGGAGGGAGUCACGCCCAGAAAUCGCUUUGAGAAUGAAGUGGCCGUGCGCAGCUUUUAUGGGCAGGAUAACCAUAUCAGACCCCAGCAGCAGCAGCCGCAUAAAAGGAAGUCCUACGAAUCGUACCACAAGUAUCCACCCAGAGAGGAGCAGCCACAGAGGGCAGCCCCCCCACCAGCCUCUGCCUCGCUGAUCGCCAUCGAUCGCAGUUCCUCGGCGGAGACAGAGUGGGAGAUCAAGUCGGGUUGCCACUCCAACUGUAUGGCCGACUCAAAGGGCAUCCAGGCGGUGAGGUCGAGGGUCACGCGGGAGGAGAGCUUCCAGCUCUGUACACAUCGCGUCAAGCCCUGCGAGCGCCUCCAGACAGCAGCGGAGUAUGCGGAGCAGACCUGCGCCAACUACCGGAUGAAGGUGCGCGGCCUGUCCGGACACGGGGCCCAGAUCUCGGCCAGCAUGGACGAACCCGAUCGCAGCUGUCGCGUCGGCUGCCAGGACGAGCUCAUCAAGUACAGGUAUUACCUGGUGAACGGCAAGAACGGACACUUUCCCCUGGGCACGCGCUGUUCGCAGGUGAGCAAGCGCUUUUGCGUUUACGGCAAGUGCCUGGAGUUUGGCGACGACAACCUGCCGCUGGAGAAGUCUCACAUCAGCCUGGCCCUGCUCCGGACCCGUCGCGAGUCGAAUGUUUCGCGCCGGAAGCGAAGUCUGCACCCGGGGUCUGCGUCUCCAAAUUACUUUGAACGAGGACAUCUUGAUGCCUCGACGGACCACAUCGAAUUCACCCAUCCCAUUCACGUCUCCGCAGACGAACUGAGUAGCAAAAGCUGAUAGCCUAUUCCUUGCCAGGAUUCCCCUUAGUCUCCUAAGUAUUAAGCUAGACUUACGCUUAAGGCUGUCUGCAAACUGCCUGAGAAAUAUAUACGAAUUACUUCUU